AUGGAAUUUCUACAGCAGAGUUGGAUCAACUGUGUUCUUAUCAGCUUUUUCAUUUCAGAUGUUCUCUGUGCUCUACCUUGCGGUUAUGUCAAGAUAUCUAAUGGAAGUGCACGAGUAAAAAGCAAUGGAAGGUACAUUGAAUUCAGAUGUAAGCGUAAUUUUCAACUAGUCGGCGUCAAGAUUGCUGUUUGUCUUGCUUCAGGACAGUGGAGUAAAAACAUUCCCUCGUGUGUAGGUAA